AUGGCUUUAGCAGAAAAGGUGUUGAGGAAAAUUCAUAAAUUGAAUUUAGUCCCAAAAGCAAUCAAGCUACUACCUCGCCUUUCAUUUAUCGUGGCUAUUUUGAGUAUACUAUGGCUAGUAACAUUACCGCAAGAUGGAAACUAUCGUAAUUGUUAUAUUUCCGAAAAUGCAUUGAUGCCAGGACAAGUCACGUCUUAUUUCCGAGAGAGUGAAUGGAACAUUGUACGUGGGUAUAGACACGAAAUUAAACAACUUGAACUGCAACCAAUUGAACAACGUAAUGAAGCUAUUACAGCAUGGUUACAAGAUUUGGGUUUGCCGGUUUCGCGACACCAUAAUGGAUUCACUAAUGAUACACUUUACUCGAUUAUGCAUGCAUCGCGAGGUGAAAAUACCGAGGCUAUGGCGUUAGUUGUACCGUGGGUAAAUUCAGAUAAUGAAUUCAAUGAAGGAGCUAUGGCACUUGGUAUGGCAUUGAUGCGUUAUUUUCAAAGAAUUUCCGUGUGGUCAAAAAACAUUAUUCUUGUGAUUCCCCCCGAUGGCAAACAGAGCUUAAGAUCGUGGGUUAAUGCAUAUCAUACAAGUUUGGAUGAUACAGCUGGGUCAAUAGAAGCAGCCAUAAUUAUGGAGUAUGGUAAGCAGGGUGAUGGUUUUCAAUACUAUGAUAUGUUCUAUGAAGGUUUGAAUGGUCAAUUGCCUAAUUUAGACUUACUAAACACCGCUAACCAAAUUGGCCAACAUGAAGGUAUCAGUUGUAGUAUACAAGAUAUAAGUGAUCGAGCAAUCAACUUUACAAAUCGAUUGAAGACUUUAUUUUCUGGAAUUUUGAGAUUAGUGAUUGCUGGAUCUAGAGAUGUUCAUGGUCAUGAAGCAUUUUCAGGAUGGCAGAUUCAAGCAUUCACAAUCAAAGCUAAAGGAACCCAAGGACACGAUGUGACUCAAUUUGGUCGAAUCGUUGAUUCUACAUUCAGAUCAGUCAAUAACUUGUUGGAAAAAUUUCAUCAAUCAUUCUUUUUCUAUUUGAUGUUGAGUCCAAAGCAUUUUGUUUCUAUUGGAACUUAUUUACCUAGUGCAGUGAUGUUGGCGGUAGCAUAUGCAUUUGGUGCAUUAAAUGCGAUAUUGAAUUCGGGUAUCGAUUUGGAUCAAAUUCCACAAAAUUUGAGCAAGUUGUUGAUUAUUGCGGUGGUCGCAGAGGUUGUGUGCGUUGGUUUAUCCGUCAUCAUACCGCAAGCAUCAAAAGAAACGUUAAAUCACGUUCCCUUGGCACUCCUGAUAUUACCUGUCUUUGUUGUAAGAAGUCACGGACACUCUUCGACCGCUACAAGUUUUGCAUUGAUCGGAUUAGCCUUAUUGAUUAUUGCAUUCUUAAUAACUGCUUUACUAAUUGUCCAUUUCGCAUUGGCACUCACGAUUGGUUUAUUGGCAAUACCAUUGACAUUUGUGCCCACCGUGAUACAAAAAAAUAGGAAAUUGGCUAUCCUGUGUUUGUUCAUUUCAAAUCCAUUCUUUGUAUUCGUUCUUGCUAAUGGAUACUUUGCUGAGGAAUUCUUUCCAAACUUGAUUGCUUCAUGGAACCAAUUGCAAUGUUGGACUUGGUUGGUUAUUAUUUUAGGAUGGUUUCCUGCUUGGUUAAUGAUUGCUUAUGCUACAACUGGGAUCAGUACAACCCCUGUUGUUUGCGAAAUUGAAAAGAAUGAAAAGGAUGAAAAGGAUGAAAAGUUGUGA